UCUCUCGGAGGGGGGGGUGUUGGGGGGAGCGGCACCCCCCAGGAGCAGGAUCCAUCAGAGAGGGGAACACUGCACACCAAGAGGCACUCCGGAGACCACCAUGAUCUGCCCAGGAGAGGUACUCCCCUUUAGUGUCAAGGGAGCAGCGAAGUGCUCCAGGCUCCCUUCGUAGCGUGUCCAGCAUAGGAUCAGGAGUAUCAAGUGUUAUUGCUGUCGAAAGCUCAGCAGCUGCAUCAACAGCUGCAACAACAGCUAUUAAUAUGAAGUCGAGGCCAAACUCCUCUCUGGCACCCAAUUCUCUCACUUCCAAUGCCCAGGAGGAUCUUAUUCCAACUACUGUUGAGGUUACUGUCCCACAAGAGGACAACUUUGCUGUGUUACGUGCCCAAAAUACCAGUAUUAACGGGGGUCCCCCUGGAGUGAUGGUAGGGGGGAACAUUAUCUCCGGCACAGAGGAUGCAAGCGAGCGGUAUGAGCCACCUCAGCCACACCCUUUGCCAAUGCCUGAAUAUGGGGGUUAUUUUGCUCCACUGACCGAAUACUUACCCGACAGUUCACAACCAAUCACUGCAUUUCACAGAUGUAAUUUGGCAGUGAUGCUGAUUUGUGAUGUGAUUGUAGCUGGCAUUGAUGUUGACUGCCACAGUGUUGACUGGUCCAUCCAUGUGCCCCUUAUGUUACACAUUAUCACGCUUGGUUUGGACCACUCUAGGCCGUUAGUUCAUCAGCAUUGUAAGAUUUUGCUUGUCCAUCUUUUGACUGUCGUAGCAGACCACCGAGAUCACCUUGGUGUGGCACGCGUCCUCCUCAACAACAAGACAACACAGUUAGGCUAUGGACUCAUUCCUAAUAAUAUCUUUACACAUAACAAAAACUUCACAGAGGAACCACCCACUGACCCCACCCCACCUAUUGUGGCUGCCCCCCCUGGUUUUGAGAACCCCCCUGACAACAUGAGUGAUGGAGGGGCACCAGUUGGACCUGUUGAUGACCACGCAACACCGGUUAUCAUUACCUCGGAUGACAAUGCCGACACGGUGUCUGGUUCAUCUGCCGUGGGUGUCGAUAGUGUCCCACAGGAUGACUUGCAGUAUAGCAUCAUGGCUCUUAUUGACUUCAUUGCUUCAAGCAAGAAUCAGCCACUUUGGACCUAUGAAGACAUCACAUCCAAACAGUUCUCCAUAAAGAGUGCUGAUCAGCUGACCAACUACGUCAGACAUGUUGUUACGGUGUUCAACAACUCCCUCCCUCACACGCACAUAGAGGAGAGAUGGGCCCAAAGAGCUCUUCACUUAGCUCUCUCCUGUUCAUCUAGGCAUUAUGCUGGACGCUCUCUGCAGGUAUUUAGGUCUCUACACGUGUCCAUGUCAUCGCGCAUGUUGAGUGAUCUGCUGGGACGUUUGGUGGAGACUGUGGCAGAGCAAGGGGAGGACAUGCAAGGAUAUGUUACGGAACUUAUGCUUACUCUAGAGUCUGCUGUUGAUGCAUUAGACUCAGAUUUUAGACCUAUUGAGUUUGUGCGUGAGCUGUUCAAGUCAACGCCCAAUCUGAACAACAAGGAACGAAAAGGACCUCUCGGUUAUGGCAUGAUGGGCCACUUCUAUGGUGCAGGAUACCCACCUCCUUCAGCUCCUCUCUCCCCAGGGGGACACAUUCGUUCUACUUCGUAUUCAAUAUCCUAUGGUAGAGGAAAACCAAUGGCAUCUCCUACUGCAGAUAUUAAAGUGCAACCAGAGAUGAGAGGUAGAAGUGGCACCGAUGUAGACAGUCGCAUGAGACAACAACAACAGCAGCAGCUCCAGCAGUCCAGCAACUUGUCUCGAUCGCGUUCUGCCCAGUCUCUAAAGCAGCUAGCAGAUCAGAGUUCAGCUGAUGAUAAGAUGACUGUUCUUGCUCAGUUGUUUUGGAUUGCUGUGUCUAUGCUAGAGUCAGACUACGAAUAUGAAUUUAUUUUAGCCAUGAGACUCCUCGAUAAGGUGCUUACACGCCUGCCUCUGGACCGCCCAGACUGCAGGGACAAGGUGGAAAAGCUGCAGCAGCAGUUGAAGUGGAAGGAGUUUCCAGGUGUUCACGCUCUCCUUCUCAAGGGAUGCACGUCAGCCACCACAUACGAACCGACAAUUACGCUCCUCACUCGAUUUACACAACUGACGGACCUGCAGGUUGUUGAUCCAACACAGAACCGUUCCUUUGCCAUAAAUGUCAUUGCGUUGUUGCCAUAUAUGUUGCAAAAUUAUGAGGACGCAAAUGCACUUUGUAUCCAGUCAGCUGAAAACAUUGCGCAGGUAUGCAACAAGAAAGGUAAACAGUUAGAAAACCUUGCAACAGUCAUGACACUGUAUAGUCGCCGCAACUUCAGCAAAGAAAGUUUCCAGUGGACAAAAUGUGUCGUCAAAUACCUACAUGACUCGUACGCCAGCCUCUCACUUAGCCUAAUGGCGUUUUUGGUGGAGGUGUUGGAAAAAGGACCAGCAAGUGUGCAAAACCCCAUUCUCAAUAUUCUGCACUGCAUGCUCCAUUACAUUGACAUUAAUACAGCAGCCGCCCAGCUAGUCAAUGGGGAUCUGUUGAGGGUCAUUGCUAAAUACAUUGAGGGAUCUCACUGGAAAGAAGCCCUCAGAAUCUUGAAGAUGGCUGUGACACGUUCGUCGUCCCUUGUGGUUCCUCCUGCCUCCUCUCAUACGCAUUAUUGGGAUCACCAUGUCUUUGCUGACAUCGAAUCUCAUUAAGAAGGAGUUGCCUGGCCGCACAAUGGAGUUCACAUUCGACGUAAGCCAGACCCCUGUCAUCGGCCGUCGUUAUCUCAAGGGCUCUGGGAUGGUGGUCCUCCCUGGCCAAAUAGUGCCGGGUCAUCAACUGUCAGUUCUGCAACAAGUGACAGUUUGCAGGAUAGGGAACAGGAACGAUCAGUAAGUGACAGCGCAGGUGCAAUGGGAAUCGACCGAGCUGAAACAUCAUCUCCACGUCGCAGUCUCUCCCUCUCAGCAGCAGACACCAACAACCUGGCGGGUUGGAAACGACCAUGGUUGUCACAGGCACGUGUAAGAGAGUGCUUAGUGAAUCUCCUGAACACUUGUGGCCAGCGCGUGGGUCUCCCCAAGUCUCCGUCGGCUGUAUGGGUUUCUGUACUAACUCAGCAUGAGACUUCUAAACAGGAUGGCAACAUCAGUAAGGUGAUAUUCAGUCAAAGCUCCGAGCUAGAAAGACAGUCGUCAAUGGCCUCGUCGACCGAAGAAGUGUCGGUUGCCCCUGGGGACACAACGAACGACCGAACGGCUGAUGACAUGACUUCUUCUGAGAAGCAGUUCGCAGUCUUCAAGGACUUUGACUUCCUGGAAUAUGAACUGGAGAGUCAGGGGGAAGAAAGUGUGGAUAACUUCAACCUGUGGGGUGUGCGUCGUCGCUCCCCAAACAAUCUUGGGGAUGGUGAGCCUUCCAGCCACAUCGAUGACGCGCAGAGUUCGGAGAUGACCCCAUCGCACGUCAAGAAGCCAACACCCCCUGCUGACCAUGAAUGGUGGGAAGAGGAGGGCUCUGUAUCGCCUGUGGAUGAUCCUGCCUUGGGUCCUAGUGAGCGGUCAGCAGAACCCUUGAUCCACCAUGCUCAGCCUGCUGCAGCUCCUCAUACCACCAUAGCACCCAAGCUAACCCUUGAUACCAUUGCUGCACGCAGACCUGCCUCACCCACCUCCAUGUCUGAUCACAGUGAAAGCAGUGAUGGUGAUCUAGGUGACAUGACUCCUUGCAAUGCAUCUCCUAGUAUUGCUGCCAUGCUUUUCCGCCCAAUCCGACAGCCCAAUGACUUAGAGGAUGCCUGGCGUGCUCACCUGUUGUCUCUCAUGGCAGCUGAUGCCCCCAUUCCACAUCCCACCAGGACCUGUACACUCUACAACACUGUAUUCUCUGAAUGUGUUGUUAAGUUUACUGAGCUAGUGAGUGAGAGCAGCCACUACCUGGGAGAGAAUGGCGAGAUGAUUCCUCUUGCUGCUUCCUUCUUGCAUCACAUGGAGACCGUUGGAUAUCUAGCACCUCUAGCAUAUGUGUACGUAGAUGCUACCUUAUUGGGAAGCACACAGCUGAUGCAGCGAUUUAGGUCAACAUUCAUCGCCCUCCAUGAACACCUUGACACUUACCUAGACAAGAGGGAAAGUGCCAUUGUUUGUCUUGAUGGUAUUAAGUCGACGCUCAAGCUCCAGAAUCUUGGUGAGAGCCUACCAGAACUAUGCGCAGACGAACAGCACAUUGACCUGUGUCGCUGUUUGUACAAGCUGCACUUCCAGCUCUCUCUUCUCUAUGACACAUAUGCCAAAUUUAUUGUGGCAAUGCUGCAUGCUGCUAGAAACAGCCAGGCUAGUGAUCACAGCGUGGAGCUGAGUGCCCUGCAGGGAAAACUUGUGGCCGCAGCAGAGCAGAUUGAUGCCACCCCCCCUACUACCCCCACUCGCAGCUCUCACUCCUUGCCGCCAGAAAGAGAACUGCCAGAGGGAGAGGAGGGAGAAUGUGAGAGUGUUGGAGGAGAGGAGAGUGAAGGAGGAAGCGCAUGCGAGAGCAGUAUCAGUCGUGCAGAAGGAGGUUCUCCUGUCAGUUCCUCAUCCUUAGGAUCCCAGUCUCUGGAACUUCCAGUUGCCCCCCCAGGCUCUCGACCAGAAGCAGAACGACAGCUCUUGCAGCUUGUUGCAGACCAACGAUGGGUUGAUGCAUUGCAGUUUGUACGUCAACACCGAGCUUUGUGGCUUCGAGAAGUGUCUGCUCACACCAAUGAAGACAUAACAAUCAUCUUGAAUACCUACUGCGCCUAUCAUGCUGAUAAAAAACCUGGGAUGAUUGCUGUUUGUGGCACAGAAACAGAACUUCUGGAAACAAGCUCUCGCCUCACAGAAGCAAAUAUGGCUGCAUUGUCAGCAUUAAGAGCAAUUGAACAGACCCCCAAGCAAACAAGGGAUAGCCUCGAGUCGGUCAUCCGCAAAACGGAAUGCUGAAGAUGGGUACACAGACAGAUAUAUUAUCUUUUAACUGUUUUAGAAAAUAUGAUGUAUGUGUGUAUGCACUGAUUCCAGCUCCAGUGUAUUGAGCUAAUAUCAGUUGAUAAAAUACAUAAAAAUAACAACUGUGUAUUAUGUUGCAGUAUUUGCUAUGAUUAAUUGGUAAAAAAUUGUAAUGCUAUGAUUAAUUGGUAAAAAAUGUAAUAAAACUACAAUGGUUACCAGUGACUAAACUUAGGUGUGGCUAAUUUUAUGUUGAUGCUUUUAAAGAAAACCAAGUGGAUAAUGUAAACAGUUCUAGAUAAAUUCAUACAAUAUCUGUCUAAAUAAAUGUGUAUCAAAAUGAGAGAGAUAAAAUGAAGAACUACAUUCAAAUAACAAACUUGCAGUUAAGUAAUGAAGUCCAUACUUAAACGUGGAAUAGAAGUGUUAUUUUCUUAAGCAAGGUAAUUCUUCUUUCAUAUUUAAACAAAUGAACAUAAACCAAUGACAGCAUCAAAGUGUCACUUUUUUUUAGAGAGAGAGAGAAAAAAAAAUUUAACUUGCUUUGUGUGCGGAAAAGUUCAAAGUUGCACAUGUGUAUUAGCAUAUCCAAAACAUGAAAAAAAUUCAUGUAAGCAUGCAAGCUGUAUGUAAGACAGUUAUUAAAUGUUACAUGACAGAUAUUAAUGGAUAUACCCAGCUUAAUAUGUAUAUCUGCUUCACUGUUUAGUGACUCCCUUUAUGAAUAAUAGAUUGGAAGAACAAUUAUUUAACUAAUUGUGCAAGCAUUCCAAUGAUUGUUAUUUACACUCCAGUAACCUUUUGGUCAUGCUAUUAAGAACACGUUAUGUAACACCCUUAAUACUAUUUUAUAUGUUUACAGUACCAAGUUUAUGUUAAAUGUAAACACACUGAGUGCAAGAUAUUGCGCUGAUAUUAGCACAUUUCCAACAAAUGCACAAAUUGUAGGUACUGAUGAGUUACUACAUUAUCAUUUGAAUCUCAUUAUAGCAUCAGCUUUUUGUGGGAUCAAUGUGUAAAAUGUCAAGUGUUAUUGUAAGCCCUUUCGACUGAUCUUUGCAACACAAAAGAUAUGAAUUACCAAGAUAUGUAAAACAAGUCUAGUCUGUGUGAAUUUUGGAAAGGAAGGAGUAUAGAUAUUUCUUGUUGUCAAACAUUUUGAUGCAAAGAAUGUGUCCCACUCUUCCAGGGAAUGACAUGUAGACAAUUAGAAAUAAAUUAUCCAGACUGAUAGUCAAAAUUAGAUAAAGACGUUAUUCGUACACAUAGUGUGUGCGGCUAUAUGAAAUAAAUAAAUUAAUUAAUUAAUUAUAUAUAUAUAUAUAUAUAUAUAUAUAUAUAUAUAUAUAUAUAUAUAUAUAUAUAUAUAUAUCAAAGUUAUAGGUUCUCAUUUUUCAUUUAUUAUAGAAAAUUGAAUCAGUACUUUCAUCAGCUUCUGCAAAUAAAAUUGAUACAAAUAUCAUUUGAUUUUAACCCAUAAAGGGUCAGAGCCAGUAUGCCACAUAAACACCUUGGUUCAAAGAGGAAAAUAAUGAUGAUCAGUUUAACAUGUAUCCUUUCAAGUCUCCUGCGCCGCAUGGGAACAGCUAUUGGGUGGCUGCAUGCAUAUGUAUUUCCUCUAUGUUAUUAUAUUUUGUUUAUUGUAGAUAUUGAGAAGUGCAGCUCUACAGAUUGGCCAUCAGUUUGGCUGUUAUCUGAUUCAGCGCGGGUGUGAAUUAGUAAUAUGAGGCAUUUUCAGUCAGAGCAUUCACUGUAUCAAAAAUCUACAUAGUUGACCACUGAAUGCCAUUCUGUGCUACAUAGGUCUUUUCAUAUGACCCUUUAUUGGGUUAAUGCUAAUGAUUUUUUAAAGUGUAGAAAUUGCUGUCAUUGUGUUAUGUGCAGUUAAGAUUAUACAAAACAUAUUAGAUUGUUUACACAUUAUCAGAAGCAUGUACCUGGAAAACAUCUAAAAAGUAAUACAUUAUGAGAAGAAUGUACCUGGAAAAAAUAUAAAGUAACUUCUCAGAAAAGGUAGCCAUAUUAUAAUGAUGAUUAGGCAUAUUGAGAUUUUGUGAGGUAAAGGUGAACCAAGGAGGCAUUAAUAAUGUAAUUUAUGUGUAUGCCAAAUAUAAGAAUUGUAAAUCA